GAACUAGUAAUUACCAAGUAAUAGAUGAGGAUAAUGGGUCAUACAAUAACUUCGAAAGGAUGGUGCAUGAUCAUGCUGGACUUAGUAAUUACCAAGAUCUUCCAAAUCUGGAGGAGCCGCCCAAUCCUGACACUCAACAGAUUUAUGGCAUGUUGAACGCAGCCGAUAAUCCAUUGUACCCAUCCUGUGACACUUACUCACAGUUAUCCUGGAUGACUCAAUUUAUGAUCAUAAAGGCUGAAAACCACAUGUCAGAGAGAUGCUACAAUCAGUUGUCGUCGAUGUUUAAAACGGCAUUACCGAAGGAUAACAACUGUCCAGAAGACUUUUAUAGUACGAAGAGAAAUCUACGCGGUUUGGGUUUGCCGGUAGAGAAAAUCGAUUGUUGUGUUAAUAAAUGCAUGUUAUAUUGGAGGAACGAUAGUGAGUUGCACAGUUGUAACUUCUACGGCAAGUCACAUAUAAGGAGACACAACGUGCAUCUGGAAGAUUACGAAAGAAACUUGUUCCCGCUAAACAGAUGCACUACUUUUCUUUGACGCCCCGACUGCAGAGGUUGUUUGCAUCUACAACAACAGUCGAGAAUAUGCGUUGGCAUGCAAUUCAAUAGACGAUGGGGUUAUGCGCCACCCGGCAGACUCUCCGACAUGGAAACACUUGGAGGUUGACUCCGCCAACGGUGAAGGAGUCGUACUUUCAGGAAUUAAAGAAAGAGUUUACUUGGUCGCCUGAGGACGAGCCUGAGGUAAGGGCGAUGUGGGAGCACAAAGCCAGCAAGAGGUACAGUGACAUGAUGAGCGACUACAAGAGAAAGCUCAGGGCUAGUAUCGACGCAGGGCGGGAAAUGGAUAGACCCCUCUGGAUGUCUGCUGAAUUCUGGACGGGACUCCAGGCAUACUGGGACCAGGAGCCUAUUCAGGCCGUUUCCCAGCGAGCACGUGCGAACCGGAUGUUUGAGCCUGAUGGACCUGGUACAGGGAUCAGCAGGCACGUGGGAGGGUCUUAG